AUGGACUAUGGAAAUCCACCCCAGCGGGUCACGUGGUGUCUAACCGUGUCUUCGCUGUUCGUCAUCCGGAUGAAGCACCUGCACCAUGCGUAUCACAUUGACCGAUUGGCGGCCCGGUUUGAUAUCCUUCGGGAGCAGCUUGAGUCCCUGAUUGGCAGUGCCGCCGACAACCUCGGGGAAUGGUCAGCUUUACUCAAAUCCCAUCGAAACGGCCCACGGGAAUCGAAUCAGCGCCGGAUAUUUACCGCCAAAGGCACGUACUUGGCACUGUGGCGCGCGUCGAAGGACCUGAACGAGUGUUGCGUUUAUUCGCAGCUUGCCAAUCUCUUGCAGAACUUUAUCCAGUGCACGUGCGACCUCUACACGAUGUACUCGCUGCUCUAUCUCAACCAGAUCAGUGAUAUUUUCGGCUACAUCCUGAACGUUGUGGCCACGUUUGCUGCUCUCGGUGUCGUGCUGGCGGCGUGCGAAAACUGCAAGAACCAGGUCGGUCAGAUGGGACAGGCGUUGCAUAAACGGCGCGGUGACGAAGCGGAUUGGCUCGCAACCAUGAUCGAAAACUUCUCCCUUCUGCUACAGCACACGCCGGUUUGCUUUUCGCUUGGUGGAUUUUUUGACAUGGAUUUUAUGCUUCUCAAAGAGAUGGCAGCCGCCAUCACGACGUACAUGGUCAUUUUUAUUCAGUUCAUGCCGAAGGACGAACCCGUAACAGCACCGUUGGCUAACAGCACGAUUACUCCGACAUCUGGAUGA